UGGUUUAUUUCAUUCGCGCCGCAGUUCAUUCCUUCUCGUGUGGUUUUGUUCGUCGCUUUAGCUUGACGGUUUUUGUGCGACGUAAACGGGUGUGUGCAAAAGUAUGAAGUGAAAUCGUAUAAAAAAAGUGUGUGAAAUGUUUAGUGAUAGUUUAAUUUGUGUUAAGUAUCCAAAAUGAGUGCGAACGGAUAGCUGUGCAUAAUUUUUCGGUCUGGACAUCACGUAGAAUUGUGGAACACGUAACAUUUCAUAUGAACGGUUUCAAAAUGGCUGUGUUUUGAAGGACCCUUUGUCCGCUUUCGUAUGCUUUUUUCAGCAUGAUAGUGGGAUCGUACUGUCUGAAUCUUGACUUCGAGAGGGAAUGCAUGUCAUGUACACGGAGCCGCCGGCGCAAUAUCGCAACAGUCAGCCCCACACUUACUCAGAACAACAUAACGAGUCGCCGACCCGGCAGCCGGCCAAGAAACGAAGGGUGCUGAGUCCAUCGCAACACCCACACUGUCUGGACAACAACUCCUACAAGAACAAGUGUUGGUCGGGCGUCGUCGGGGACGGCUGCUGUGCCGCGCCCGCCGUGCCGAGUCGCGCGUGCGAUGCGGAGCGGUCUUCACCACCAGCUCCCUCCGUGCACUGCGCCAGGCCCUGCUGCCGCGACGCGACUGUCGCAGAUAGCAGUGAACAGCAACGGGUACCACCUGGUGGCGGCGCGGCGGGCGCGCGACACAAGACGGCACCCCAGGCCGCAACGACGACGGCCCACAGCAAACAGCUGGCGGCGGGCGGGGGCAACCACCCGCCCCAGCCGCAAGGUAACCACAAACGCUCCGGUUGCGGCGGCGAUGGCGACUAUCAGCUCGUUCAGCAUGAGGUCCUCUACUCCUCGUCCAAUAGGUACGAGGUGCUGGAGUUCCUCGGGCGAGGCACCUUCGGCCAGGUGGUGAAGUGCUGGAAGAAGGGCACCAACGAGAUAGUCGCCAUUAAGAUCCUGAAGAACCACCCCAGCUAUGCUCGCCAGGGACAGAUCGAGGUGUCCAUCCUCUCCCGGCUAUCGCAGGAGUCUGCGGACGAGUUCAACUUCGUCCGCGCUUACGAGUGCUUCCAGCAUCGCUCGCACACGUGCCUCGUGUUCGAGAUGCUCGAGCAGAACCUCUACGACUUCCUCAAGCAGAACAAGUUCUCGCCGCUGCCCCUGAAGUACAUAAGGCCGAUACUGCAGCAAGUACUGACGGCGCUGCUGAAAUUGAAGCAACUGGGCCUGAUCCACGCGGACCUUAAGCCGGAGAACAUAAUGCUGGUGGAGCCCGCGAGGCAGCCCUACAGGGUGAAGGUCAUCGACUUCGGCAGCGCCUCGCACGUCAGCAAGGCGGUGUGCAACACUUACCUCCAGAGCAGAUACUACAGGGCACCAGAAAUAAUCCUCGGAUUGGCUUUCUGCGAGGCGAUAGACAUGUGGUCGCUGGGCUGCGUGGUUGCGGAGCUGUUCCUGGGAUGGCCGCUGUACCCAGGCUCCUCCGAGUAUGACCAGAUCCGCUAUAUCUCGCAGACUCAGGGGCUACCCACCGAGCAUAUGCUUAACAGCGCGAGUAAAACAGCCAAAUUCUUCUAUCGGGACGUGGACAGCACGUAUCCGUUCUGGAGGCUGAAGACGCCCGAGGAGCACGAGCUGGAGACCGGUAUCAAGAGCAAGGAAGCAAGGAAGUACAUCUUCAACUGCCUUGAUGACAUCGGACAGGUCAAUGUACCUACGGAUCUAGAAGGAGGCCAGCUCUUAGCGGAGAAAGCAGACAGGAGGGAAUUCAUUGACUUAUUGAAGAGAAUGUUGACUAUGGACCAGGAAAGGAGAAUAACCCCAGGGGAAGCGUUGAACCACGCGUUUGUGACGCUGGCGCAUCUGGUGGACUAUGCACACUGCAACAACGUCAAGGCGUCCGUGCAAAUGAUGGAGGUGUGCCGGCGGUCGGGAUCCGGCGUGGGCGUGGGCGUGGGCGUGGGCGCGGGCGCGGUGGGCGUGGCGGCGGGCGUGGCGGCCGACUACGGCGUGGUGGCCCCCGCGCCGCCCGCGGCGCACCACCUCGCGCUCACCAUCAACCAGCAGCGGCUGAGGGCGGCGCCCUACGAUAAUCUCUACCAACUCUACGGCACCAGUCGCGUAGCUGUGAGCGGCGGAAGACAGUACGCCACGCGUGCCGCAGAGCCGUUCCCGCAUCAGUUCGUUUCGUCAAUACUGUGUCAACCCGCCUAUCAGGUGCAGCAGCUGGCAGCAGCCGCGGCGGCGGCGGCCGCGGCGCACCACCAGCACGGCGUGGGCGUGGGCGACGUGGGCGAGUGGCGCGCGCCGCUCAUCGUGGAGCCGCUGCCCGACCACGAGCCGCACCUCGCGCACCACCAGCACCCCCACCACCAGCACCACCACGCCGCCAAGCGAUCGACAAAGCAGCAGGCGGCGGCGGUGCCCCACUACCAGCCUCACCACCAAACUCACCAAUACAGCAUGGCGAGCAGUGGGAAGAAGGAACCUACCCAACUUUCUCCAGUCAAGAAGCGAGUCAAAGAGGGCACUCCGCCUUCGAGGCACAGGCAUCAGCACCAGGAUCAUACUACCGGCCUAGCCCCGAACCCCGGCGCCGGCUGGGAGGCGGGCGCGGCAGGCGGCUGCUCGUCGUCCGCGCAGCACACCAUCACCAUCCGCGACACGCCGUCGCCCGCCGUCUCCGUCAUCACCAUCUCCGACUCCGACGACGACGAUCAGCGCACGAGGCCCGCCAACAACAAUGCAGGCGGCAACGGCGAAUGCGCGACCGUCGCUCACAACACCGCGAACGCUAACAUCACCGCCAACCACAACGUCGCUAACGUCGCGAGCGUGGCAAGCGGAGCGAGCGGCAUGAGCGGAGUGAGCGGUAUGAGCGGAGCGGGCGGAGUGAGCGGAGUGAGCGGCGGGGUGAUCUGCUCCGCGCGCUCGCCGCGGGACGACCGCCACGUGAAGCACGAGCCGCCGCAACACCACCAGGCCCACCAGCCCUGCCAUCAUCAUCACACGCAACAGCAGCAAGCGGUGCCGCAGCAGCCGCAGCCCACGCCGCAGAGCCAGAAGAAGCGGCUGCUGGCGCUCGCGCAGCAGGAGGCCGCCAAGCGCGAGCCGCACUACGCGAGCGGUUCGUCAGUGCGCCAGGCGACUGAUUACCAGUGUAACCAAUACGUGCCCGUGCAACACAAUAAGAGAGAUAGCAGCGGCGGCCGCGGCGAGUACCUGCCCCCCGGGGUGGGCGCGGUGCCCGCCCUGGGCCCGCCCGCCGCCCACAAGCACGCGUGGCAUCACCACCCACACUCACACUACAAGCCCGCUACCGGCGGAGUGUUGUCCCCGGGCGGGGGCGUGUCCCCCGGGUUUUUGCCGCCCCCGCUUUACGUCCCCACAUACCAUUAUCAUGCUGGCGGCGUAGGCGCAGUAGGAGGCCCGCCGCCGGCCCAUCACGCGAGCGGGGCCCGACUGCCCCCCUACCUCCAGACAUAUUCCCCCACUACCUACAUCGUGCCACAACACCACCAACAACACUUGUGGUACACCGACUGACUUCCGUCUCCUCUCAAUACGACAACUUGGAGCACUUCACGCCUCAUAGUCUCCUAGUACUUCGCAUCAAGAGAGUGAAUUCGAAAUUGGAACGUCAUUAUGUGAAUAUGUCUGCGUAUCUUAGUACGUCGCAUGGGCUACAAGAGUUUUAUUUCAAAAUUGGAAGGUCAACGGCGAUGCGAAUAUUUCUGUGUCUCAUUGUUCAACGCCUUCUACAACCACUGAAGAGAACAUUUCGGAAUUGGAACGUAUUCGGUGAAUCUAGAAUUAGACCUCUUUGUAUCCGAUGGGAUCCUGGUAUUUUUAAACAAAAAUCUCUUUUAUCCUGAUAUUUCGAGCUAUAUUUCCACACCAUUCUUAGCAUUGUUGCAGGCUUUUUGUAAAUAAAUGUAUUUGAUAUGAAAUCAUUAGAAAGUUAAAUGUUUCAGAAUCGAUAUGAUUAUUAUUAUCGUAUUUUUGACUUACGCAUUCGGCGGCCCUUACCGACGAUCGGACGACCGGUUGCUAUCGAUCCGCUCCUCAGUAAGUGCGCUGGAGUGCCAAAGGAACCGGUAUUCGAUUCUAUCACACGGCAAUUUUUAAUUAAAUCUAUGACUAGUGUGUGUCCAAUGUUAUAUUAGCCAGUUCCUUACAUUAUUCGACCUGACGGUCACACGUAUUUGUAGUUAAUCGACUAUCUGUACAAAUGUCGUCGUAAGCGACUAUUUUUAUCGAUUUACCGUGAGUAGAUCGUAAUUGAUCGAUGUUAUUCGUAAUAUUGGGAUGUGUUUAAUCGUUUAAGUUGAUAAGUUUGAUCGAUUUUAGUAUUGCAUUAUUCGUGCGCGAGAGCAGUAUAUUAUAGGUUUAAUGACAGUUUGUUUUUACGUGUAUAAUAUGGAUUGUAAAUUUCGCGUUAGUAUAAUUUGGCUGCGGAAGUAGGCUGCAUUUACUAAUAUUUUAUCUUAGAAUUAGUUGUGUUUGUACCAAAUCUUUGUAUGGGGAUUAUUUAGUGAGCCCGGCGUUGGUAUGAGCCCAUGUCGCGGCGUCUUAUUUUGUAUUUAGUUUUUAUGCGAUCGGUGAUUUUGUCAAUUAUUAUUUUGAUUUAACUUUAGCGUUACGAUUUGCUGUAGACGGUCGGCUGAAUAUUGGUUUGUUGCGUUCCAUAUCAGGUAGUAUAGUUGGAUAAUUAAACAAAAACAAACAUUUAUGCUGUGUUUAUUACUAUAUUAAUAAAAUAUAAUUAACUGGAUUUUUUAUUAUGUAGAUAUUGUGUGUAGGCGCGGUGAUGGAUGUGUAGAUGUAGUUAACCGGUAUGAUAAACGAAAUAAAUGUAUAUCUUAAGAAUUUUAUGAACAUUUAGUACACACUAAAGGAUAGUUAACGAGUGUAAUACAUGUAUAUUCACAUUUAGAUAGAUGGAAAUUGUUAAUUAAAUAGACAAAAAAAAAAAAAGAAGUAAAACUAAUUAUCUUUUUAAUACAAAUUAAUGCAAUUAUUUUACGACUGCAACAUAGUUUUAAUUCGGUAGCGUUAGUGAGGUGAUGGGUCGCCGGUUUCUUAACCUCAACUCUUUAUUCAGGAAAAUUGAUAUCUCUUUCUAUCCAUCAGGAGACAGAAAGAGAACAAGACAAAGAUAAAACAUAUGUAUUAUCUAUGUUCGUGAAUAUCGCAAGAAAUCGGUGCCCGCGCCUUGGGUCUGCUGUGACGCGACACGCGCAUGCGCCGCCGUAGUCCUUGUAUAAGUAUUAAAAUGUAAGUGCUAUCGUACAAUUUCAUAGUCAUAUCAAAGAAAACUCGCAUUCUUUGUAACAGUAGUCUGGGGCGACGCGGGCGCAUGUCGUUCUAUUGUAAUCUACAUAAUAUGCUUACAUUAGCUGUUAUAGGUUUUUUUUAAGUGUCUUAUUUACGAUAUUCGCAUAAAAAUGACGCUAUCGGGACGCCCGGACGCCGCAUUCGUUUUAUAUAUAAAUAUAAAAUCUUUUAACGAAUAAAUUUUACUUUUCUUUUUUAAUGACAAGACUAUGUAAUGUUAAUUUGAUUAUAUUUUAGUGGUUUAGCUUUGCUGGUUGACAAUAAUCUUAUGUUUAGUUUUAUAUCACUUACGGUUGUAGUAACGGUAGUGCUUUGUAUAUUAUUUUUACUCAUUUAUGAUUCUAUCCACAAUGGGAGCGGCUAAACAUUGCAUUGAUUACGCUGGUUCAAUCUUUUAAUAGGUCUUUUUUUAGUAUUAAUCUUGGUUUUUUAGUGUGUAAUUUUACUUGUGCCUUAGUUUUUAAUGAUUCUUAAUCUUUACUUCUUUAGUUUUUGAUAUGUGUACGGCAUACGCUUUUUAUUUAGCUUGAUCCUUGCAAUGUUUAGUACACUUGCACCUAAUAGUCGGACGCGGUACAUAAAAUUGGAACGAAAAAUGUGAAUUUAUCUGUUUAAUAUGAAUGUUCAUGUGUUCCAAAGUAUUCCUGUAAAAUUUAAGGAAAUUUUGUAAAUUCUGAAUGAGUUAUUGUAAAUGUAUGCAUAAAGUGCAAUAAUAAUUAGUGUUAUUAGUCAAUUUUAAAUGAUUUAAAUUUUUAAAGAAUCAAUAAGGAGGAAACCGAUAAUCGCAUAAUAAAAUCAUUAAUUCUUUGCAUAUGCAAUCUUUCACAUUUUCCGUAUUUUUUGUCAUUGCAAUGUAUUACAAUUUUUUUUUUAUAUUUUGAAUAAAUAUGUGUGCUUUUUACUUGAUUGUAAAUUUUGAAUUACUUCUUUAAAUAAUUUAUGGGUAAUCGUUAAUAUCUUCAAAACAUCAAAAUUUAUAUUAGUUAAAAAUGACUUUAUCAUGGGUCUACAAAAGAAAAUAGGUUUUUGUGCUGGUCAUUGAAUAUGACUAUGUGGUCAAAUGAUACCCAAAUUUUUGACUUAUUUAUAAGUAACGAGACGUGAUAAUCUGAUAAUAAAAAAUUACAUGGAUUCAGUUCAACGUUUUAAGUGCUUUUUUUUUUGGAUUAUAUAUAUUUCAAUUCAAUAAACAGUUCUAUUCUGGCAUCCAUAUCUCUGUAAAUCUGUGUUAAUAUAAACUUUAAGAAUUUCCAUUAUGCUGAUGGUACUGCCUCUGCUAAUAGGUGCAUGUACGGUUAGCAAAAAGAGCGAGAUUGCCCUAUACGGGCGUAGAUAAUGAUCUCUUUCUGUGCACCCCCCACCACUACUACAGCUUAACCCCGCCCUUUAUAAUCGACCAAUCACAGCGCACUUCUACUUACUGUAGUUUCGGGGUUUAAUUUCUUUUUUUUAUUAAGUGUAUUAACAAUGGAAUGUUAUAUUUUCUAUAAUUAUUAAAUUUUUUUUAGGUAUCUCAUGGUAUUUAGUUGUAACUUGUAUAUGGGGCAUGUCUAAAUGAUAAAGUCGCGCAAUAAAUCCGCAUACACUGUGAUCUACUCAAUAUAAUAUUAGUUGGUGUAAAUUUUGGGUUUGUUGCAAUACGUUUUGUGUGUGUUAAAAACAAUAUUGCAUUUUGCAAAGGCAUGCCCGGUCCGCGCGUAUGCGCAACGACAAUAAAUCGAUAUAAUUGUAUUUGACCUAUUUAAUGUACAAAUACUUACUCCAUUAAGGUGUCUGUUUGCUGUCAUAAUCAUUGAUUUUUAUGGAAAUUGUGGACGGCGUAUGCGCAAAUCUAUUAACAACAUAUUGAUUAAGAUCUAUGUAAUUUAGCUUGCGAUGCGCCAUCGACAAUUUCUUUGUACUAUUUUCUAUAAUAUUACUGUGUUGUUCUGGCGUCAGCCUACCUUUUCUAUUCCACUGUGAUUUGAUUAUUAACUAUAAUGUUUUAAUCAUUAUUGAUAUUUUUUAAUGAAUACACCAGUCAUUCUCUUGUAACAUUGCCGUACCCGCGGGUACAAUCGACUAACUAUUACAUUAAUGGGUAUUGUAUGUUUUAAUUUAGCAUAGUGGCUUGUGCAGACAAGUUGAAAUUAACAUGUUUUAAAUUCGAUGGGUAAUCAGGGAUAUAGCACUGAUGUGGCUUAAGUUUUCUUCAAUGAUAAUCAAAUAGUUAUUAUUAGAAAGCAAAUUGUAAAUAAACAUCCAAUUAUCCCUUUU